AUUUUUCAAAAAUAAAAUCAAAUAAACUUUAAAGGAAAGUAUUUUACUAAUUAUUUAUACGUAAAGUCUUGCAACGCCAUAUUUUAUACUUUCAAUCUGUAUUAAAAGUCUGACGUAUGAUUAUAUUCGUAGCAAGAUUUUAAAUGACGCGGAUUUACUAAACCAAUCGCUAGAGCCGAUAGGAGCGCCACCUGAACGGUACUUGGUACCGUUUCGGGUACUAAGUAAUCGCAGAGACAAGCACUCGAUGAACACUCUACAUAUAACUCCGUUAGAUAUCAUAAUUCGUGGUUGCGACACCGUGGGAGCCGCGCGGUGGCGACCGCACACUCUCGACUACGGCAUCGCGCAGCGAGUUAACGAGUUGCAUCGAAAACGCGAGACACAAGUGCCCAUAUGUAUUUCGUUCGGUGCAUCGCCGUCGGCCAUUGUCUCUGACAUGGAAGCCCAUCAAAAUGGCAGAGGUCGUGCAGAUGUUUUUGUUCCUAUAUAAAUCGAAGUACCGUCGGAAAGGGCAGUGCCGCGAGGUGGUACGCGAUCAGUGCGGUGUAAUUGCAGUGCCGUGGCCGAUACUGUGGGCGGCGCUGAUCUGUUGGGUGGUGCACGUAACAGCGGCAGCCUCCACCUCUUCGUCGUCGCUAACGACGAAUACGACCUGCGACACGGACAGUUGCGUCAACGGUGACUGUGUCAAUGGCACCUGCGUGUGCCACGAGGGUUGGCAGGGCUCGGUGUGCCAAUUCUGCGCCGGAAAAGUCAGACUGACGGAUCCAACAGGAAACAUCCACGACGGUAUCGGCAACUACACGGCGGACGUGAAGUGUUCCUGGCUGAUCGAGAGCAGCCCGAAUUCCACUAUACGGAUGCACGUGGAGCAGUUCGCGACAGAAUGCGGCUGGGAUCAUCUGUACAUCUACGACGGUGACAGCGUCGAGGCACCGUUGCUCGCCGUAUUUUCUGGCUUGAUGCAGAAGGGUGGCUAUCACAUGCGCCAGCCGGAAGUGAUCGCUCGGUCCGGAAGCGCUUUGCUACACUUCUACUCGGAUGUCGCUUACAACAUGAGCGGUUUCAAUAUCACUUACAAGAUCAACGCCUGUCCGAGCAGGUAUUCGUUUAUCGACUGUUCCGGCCAUGGUGUUUGCAUCGACGGUGUGUGUACGUGCGACGCCACGUGGACAGGCGAGGCAUGUGAGAUUCAAGUUUGCCCGAACAAUUGUUCCCACAGCAACGGACAAGGCGAGUGUAACCGCGAGAGCCAUCACUGUGACUGCGUUCACGGUUUCAAGGGUUCAGACUGCAGCCAAAGAAGUGACAGUGGAUUCUGGGAGAGCGUGUCGUAUACAGACUUCUCACCGGAAGGUUCGGCAAGUCAUUGCUCCAUCGUUUGGAAGGAUUCAUUGUACGUGGUCGGCGGUGAGAGCUUCCAUCGAGCCAAGAUGAUCUAUGUUUACGAUUACAACGGGAACGUUUGGGAAACACCUCACGUGGAGGGAAAGGUUCCUCUUCCUCGUUAUGCUCACUCGUGCGUUCUAUUCGGUGACAAGAUAUUCAUGUACGGCGGAGUUCUGCAAAAUUCCACGGUUACCAACGAGAUUUGGGCGUUCGACGUGUCGGCGAAGGUGUGGGAGAACGUUACCGUGCACGACAACUGCCAUAACAGCAAAACCAUGUGCGGUCCUCUAAAGGUAGCCGGACACACUGCAACUUUAGUGCAGAGCCACGGAAGAAAGGAGAAAAUGGUGGUGAUAUUCGGUUAUUCCCCUCAGUACGGUUACUUGAACGUAGUACAGGAAUACUUCUUGGGUACUCGUGAGUGGCAGAUCGUGGACACGAUUGGCUUCCCCGUGAAAGGUGGUUACGGUCAUACUUCCGCUUACGAUCCUCUGACCAAUCUGAUCUACGUGUACGGUGGUUACGUGUCCGAGUCGCAGAGCACGCAAGUGUUGACGAACAGACUGUAUUCUUAUCAUCCGAAUCAUCACGAAUGGACGUUACUCACAUCUGCACCAUCCGCACGGUUCUUCCACACGGCGGUCUUUGUCUCUGGUGGAUUGAUGAUCGUUUUCGGUGGUAAUAUGCAUAACGACACGCAGCAUUCGGAUGGAACCAGAUGUUAUUCCGCGGAUACCAUAGCGUACGAUGUUACCUGCGACUCCUGGCACCAGUUUUCUAUGCCCAUUGAGAUGACUGACCUGCCCAGGUACGGGCACAGCGCGACUGUGUUCGAGAAGUCGAUGUACAUCUACGGUGGAUUCGAUGGUCAGCUGUUGUCCGAUAUGUUUAGGUAUACACCCGGAAACUGCGAACAUUUGACGAGUCAGUUCGAUUGUUUAAUCGCAAGGAUAGGCGUGAAAUGUGUAUGGGACAAGCGGGAGAAUAGAUGCAUACAAAUCGGCAAGAUACCGAGACACGUGCUACUCAAUGACGACAUGCACGACGGGGUUUACAUGAGAUGCCUGGACGACACGCCACCGCGAGGAAUGACGUCUCACAAAGAAUUGUGCAAACUGCUCACGGACUGCGUGGCAUGCGUGCAAACCUCCUACAAUUGCGUAUGGUGUGGAAAAAGUUGCUCGCACGAGAUAUGCCGUGACAACGCGAACGCACCUUUCACCAAGACGUUCAUCCAUUUAGAGCAGUGCGACGCGCAUACCGGGAUCGAGUGUUUGCAAUUGCACACGUGCCAUGCAUGUUCCAGUAAUCCUCGGUGCAUCUGGUCCUGGUCUAAUGGACCUGACCGGUGCAAACCAUAUUCGAAAGCUCGCGAACAGGUGACUAUCCUGAACGGGACUAUCCAGGCACAAAGACUGUCCAUAGAUUCUUGCCGCAGUCCGUGCGUCGAGUAUACCUCUUGCAAAAAUUGUACAGAAUCGGAUUGCAUUUGGUGUCAAAACGUGAAGAAGUGCGUGGAUAAGAACGCGUAUCCAGCAAGCUUCCCUUAUGGACAGUGUCGGGAAUGGACGACGAGCGAUGCGAAAUGCCGUGCCACGGAAACUGGAAAGGAAUGGUGUACCUUUUACUCAUCUUGCUCUGAUUGCCGCUCGGAUCCUGGAUGCGGAUGGUGCGACGAUGGUUCAGGAACCGGAAAAGGACUGUGCUUGCCAGGUGGAGCCCGUGGUCCGAGCAGUAGAAGCUUGGACACUUGCCCAUUCGAACGAUGGUACUUUACCAAAUGUCCUACUUGCCAAUGCAACGGCCACAGUAAGUGUCUUCCAAACAGCAGCGUAUGUAUUCAGCCGUGUGGGAAUUUGACUUAUGGGCCUCACUGCGAUAAAUGCAUUCCUGGCUAUUAUGGGACUCCUCUAAACGGAGCAACUUGCCAACCCUGCUUCUGUAAUAACCAAGGAACGCAAUGCACCAGUGAAACCGGAAAAUGUUUCUGUACAACGAAAGGAAUUAUAGGAGACCAUUGUGAACGAUGCGACGUAACUAGUCUCUACCAUGGAGAUCCUACGAAUAAAGGCUCAUGUUUUUAUGAUCUGGCGAUCGAUUACCAAUUCACGUUCAAUUUAAGUAAAAAAGAGGAUCGUCAGUACAGAGCAAUUAAUUUUAAGAAUUCUCCGCCAAAGCCAGAUAUCGACGCCGAGUUUUCCAUUACCUGUUCCGUUCUCGCAAAAAUGAAUAUCACCGUUAAGAAGGCGAAUACACCGGAGAUUCCUCUUCUUCGUGGUGUUAAUUGCACGACCAGCAUGUACAAGCAUCGUUUCGAUAAGGAUGGUUAUGGUUUGGGUAGCGAGGACAACACUACUUUAACCACGUUUUACGUAUACGUGUACGACUUUCAGCCACCGGUAUGGAUUCAAAUCUCCUUCUCCCAGUAUUCCAAACUUAACCUGCAGCAGUUCUUCAUAACAUUUUGCACAGAUUACAUGCCACCACCCAGGUGCUUCCUCGCUCUAUUAUUGGUGGCUGCUGUCCUCUGGAAGAUUAAGCAAAAAUAUGACAUGUACAGAAGAAGACAGAGACUCUUUGUAGAAAUGGAGCAAAUGGCAAAUAGGGCGUUUAGCCAAGUUUUAGUGGAAAUCGAAAGGCGAGACGUCGAUAAUUCGGAUUCGGAACGUAGUGAAACCGAGUUAACUAAUUGCCGCAAAAAGAAAAAGGAUGCCCCUAGUCCGAUCGCAUUGGAGCCCUGUUGCGGUAACAGAGCAGCGGUCUUGUCGUUGCUAGUCAGACUGCCUACUGGCGGUGAACCAUACACGCCGGCUGGUCAAAGUGCCGGUUUAGCAGUAGCGUCUGCUUUAGUUACACUGGGUAGUCCUCGAAGGCCUUCUCAGGAAUUGACGACGAAGGAGACGAAGAAAACACGAAAAUCUGCCAGUCAGCAUCCAGACUCCACUUGCAUUUAGCGAUAAGAAACUCGAAAGUAGAGACAUGUAAAUGUAUACUACGCCGUGGGUGACUAUGAGCCUUAGACACGUUUCUGUGAUCUUGCCUACGCGAUUGGGCAGGACUGUUACGGUUAAAGAAAAAAAAAUCUUCGAACUCGGAUCGAGUGAAGUGCGGUGAUGAUUAUUUUCGCGGCGAAUUUUUCGUUUCGUUACGUUUCGUUUCCGUCGUAAUCGGUCGGUAAUAACGUUUCGACUUCCGGGACGCUGUCCGUAUUUCGAGAAGAAUCGCAUCCGUCAUACUCGUAAGCGUCAGCUAACAAAGGAAACAACGGAUUCCAUUCGCUCAGCCGUUGGUGUAUGGUAAGUAACGUUAACUUGUUUGGCUGACUUGAAAGUUUUUAUCUGACGAUUCCUUUCGUUUCUACGUGACAAUGUACAAUGUUGUAUAUAGAUCUGUUGGGCGGGUUUUUUUUUCUUACGUUUUUGUCGUGGUCAAACGAGACGAUGGUCCGUCCCACGAUCAUUGAAAUAUUUUCGAAAGAAUGAUAAAUAAUAGUGUUUUUUUUUUUGCGGCUAUAAUCCAUCGUCGUGUUUCUUUAUUUUACGCGGCAUAAAUGGUUAUUCGACGUAGGAGCUGCCCUCUACAGAGUAGGGAAACAAAAACGCGGGAAAAUUCGAUUUGCCAGUUGCAGUUCGAGGAUGCUUUCCGUUCCCUCUUUUUUGUAAAGUCGUGUAAAUAAGUGUGUGCCGUAUUUCCAAAGUGAACGUGGGUAUCAUGACGCAGACGAGAACAAAAAAAAAAAAAUUGUACAGAUUUGAAACGAAAUAAUUGAAGAGCGAGUGACAAGGAAUAUAUCGAUUUUUGUGUAUUCGUCUCUAGUAAGGUGUAAAAAUUCAUUCAAUUCUAAAUUAAGGGAAAUGAAUAGAGGCAACAAUUGUCUUUAUAACAUUGAUCGUGUGAUCUUCGUAUUCCAUGUUUACAUUGUGCCAAAGCAUUUUUCAUAUUGGUAUUAUAAGAAAAAAGAAAAUCAGAAUAUCAAAUUUUCAUUAGAAUAAAAUGUUCCAUUUCGAAGAGUUCCCCCAGAAAAAGAAAUAUAGAAACAUUAUUUUUGUCUCUAUUCAUGUCCAAAAGAAAUUAAAGAUUCGUUGCACGAUCGAAAAAUCAAUUUCGGGAGACAUUCAUCAUUUUUCUAGAAUAAAGUUGAUCGUCCGUAUUUUCGAUCGUGCAGCGACGUGUAAUUUUAAUAUAUAAUAAACAUAGAAAAAAAAUGAAGGAUGUGGACGUUGCAAUAAAGCUGUUGUAAUAAUCGUGAUAAUUCUUCGAUCGACGAUACGUUUUUCGUUCUCGUUACUAAAUGGCGGUGCUGGUUGUUUUCGCGUGUUCAAAACAAAAAUUCUCAGAUCAACAAUGUUUUUAAUCGAAGAAAAUUAAUGGCAUGUGUCGCAUGGAUGUGGUUACACUAUUUUCCAUUGAUUUUUCAUCCACAGAUUUUUAUUCGCCUGUCUUCUUCCUUUGUGAAAUUUCCCCUAAUCUCAUGUUUUUAUUUACUGUUUUUAACACGAAGGUAUUCCAUAAAAAAUAAGCGAAAGUCAUUUCAUAUUUUAUUGAAAAGAAAUUUCUUACAAUGACCACCAGCACUUGCAAGGGAAUACGAACAGAAUUUUAUGUCCAAGCAUCGUCUAUUUUAUAUUUUAAGUAAUUUUUAGCAUGAGAGGAACUGUUUGUUAUACUGUUCAAAUGUAAUUAGAGGAUUUCUUGUUUAGAGAAUGAAACAAAUAUCAGAAAUGAAAGAAGUAGCAUACAUUUCUUGAUCGUUUUAUAAUUUCUAUCUUAUGUACUUUCUCUAAUUACUUUGAUCAAUGUACAAUACUCCAGUAUAAUGAAAGCGUGUUGCUCUAGUUUAUUAAGGCUUUGUUCACAGAAUGUAAAGACGACGACAGGUGUCUUCUCUUUUUUUAAUCAUUUGUACAGCACGGAUGGAGUGCAAUGCAUUUUGUUUUACCAUGUAAUACUCAUCGAAUUUCUUUCAUUCUCUUUAUUUGUGUAUGAAGACUCUGUUGCGAGGAUGCAACCAGGGACAAGCGUAAUCUCGACGCUUUAAAGUUACCUUUACCACUCAGCCACUCGCUCUGUCAUCAUAAAGAGAAGAAUGUAUUAUUUAUUCUUAUCACCUGGCUGUGUAGUGGUUGCAUUCGCAUAGAGCGUGGUGUACAUUUUAUUACCUUAAAGAUAAUUUAAUUUUUUUGUAUACAACUGUUUUUUAUUUGUUCGUUUGUUUUUUUUUUUAUUGGAACAACAUGAGCAUCUCUUCUGCCCGUUUCGAGACGCGAUAUUGUUCUUCGUGGGAGAAUUUCGUUGUAAAUAGACGAGUAAAUGUUAUGUUAUUUAAAAGAAAAUAGGAGUAUCGGAUAUUGCUCAACUUUGAGUAGAAUUUUUCAUUGAUUUAGAUUUUCUUAGUUGGACUUACAAUUAGUUCGAUCAAACGGGAAUGCAUUUACCGAGGAAAGGAUCGAGUUCUUCUUCUAAUCAGGACGAUUAUUGAACCGCCACUAGUAUUCGUACCUGUUCCUUUUUAUUUUCUAUCCAUUCCUCAUUUGUCGAACGUCUUGACACUGCCAAGUUUCAUCUCUCCCUGCCUGGUUUCUACGAUCUGUCUUCGAAUCCAAACGAAACCACCGAUCAUUUUUUAAUCCCUCGUCGACUGAUUUAUACAAAAUCCUCGAACGGUGGAUAGUCGCAAUUUCCAUUUAAUUCUGAACCCCUCUUCGAUUCUUCCAAUGUAACAUCAAGAUCCUUCGUUGAAAAAUUGGAACGUUUAAUUUUAGAAACAUAUCCUUCGAUACAUUUCCUGAGUCUGGGUUACAAAUUGACCCGGCAUCCGUCGUUCGAUGAUUAACCAUGCUCCUUAGAUUCGUCCAAAGAAUUAAGAGACACAGAUAGAUGUUCACUGUCCAACGAUUCUAGCAACAGUCAUAGUUUCUAGAUCCCAGAUCUUUAGAUUCUUAAGCACGAUCAAUUAACACACCGUGUUUCUUCUGAUUGGGGAAUAGAGAAGGAGGAGACAUCGCCUCUGUGGAAAAUUAGGACGCGUAUUGAUCCUUGCCAAAGGAACUCUUUAGUGAAACAGGUCGGAGCUGAUGUUCGUCGUCCAAGAAUUCAGUUCUCAGAGAAAUUCUAAUAUGUCCGUGGUUUGAAUUGAAGGGUGGCGAAAGUUGGCUGGUAGAUAAGGUCUUCAUGAGCUGCACGAGGGUGGGUAGAACGUUAAAUUUUAUUUUGGGAAUUUACAGUAUCUUUGUUUAGAUUUUCUGUAGGACUCGGUGCAAUUAUGAAAAAUUAUGAGAAAUUUAAAAUUUUCUUUGCUACGUUUUUAAUGGCAGUAUGUUGAAAUUUUAAAAAAGUUUUAACUUUUUAAAAGUUAUUGGUUUUCUUCUUUUAACUUCCAAUUAAUUAUUGAUCACGAAAGUGUUAAUAAACGCGAUUGUUGAUCCAAUUGUACAAAAGAAAUUCGAAUUCGUUAUAGUUUCUUUGUUCAGCUUAAGGAGAAUACAGGAUUUUAUUCUUACUCGCAGGUCAGCUUUACACGAGCCAGGAAUAUACGUUUAAGAAAUACUUAAUGUAAUUUGUAAGUAGGUAGGUAUAUAUUACGAUACGGUGUAGCUUGCAACAAUUUUUCUAGGACGCGAUUGAAAAUAUUUAAUUUUAUUCGAGCGUAAAGGUAAGGGAAUUCUUUGAUAAAACACGUGAAAGUGUAACAUUAUUGAAAGAGUGAAAGUAUAUUAAAUCAUUUUUAGUUUAAAAAUUUGAGGACGAUGUUAUCGUGGCCAAAAAUGUCACUGUAAAAAUAGCAUUUUACAAUUUGUAGUUUUAUUUCCAAAAUUGGAUAGAUAUUCGAUUUCCAGAAUGCCUUUAAACAGGGGAUUACUUUAUUGUAAUUAGCAAAGGAAGGGGUAAAUUAAACGCUGCUCGAUAAUUAGCAAACAAUAUUUUCCUUGUUUAAAAAAAAAAUUAAUCUUAGAAAACUGCACGUGUUGCUUCAAAUUAGAUUUCUCUCCUUCUUUGUUUCAUUCCAAAAUGAGUUCGAACCACGUUGUUCUUUCUUUAGAAAAUUAUCAUUGAACGAUGAUGUCGUGUGUUCCUUGCGGGGGUUGAUCUUUGUUUCGAGAUAAAAGAGGAUGAAUUUUUCGAAAAAAAAUGUAUCGACGAGAAUUCGGCUCAAUCUCUACUCUUGAAAGACUGGCAAAUGGCAUUUUUCCAGGGGAAUUCGAAAGAAAUGACAGAGAUGGAUGACGGUGAAUUAAUUUAGAUAGUAACGAAUGAAUCCGUGUGCAUGGGUGAACCGGGUGUGAAAGGGAGGGAGAGAUAAUUUCAAAUUAUGCUCGUAUUUUUGUGCUAGAAGUUUAACGACGACGAAAACAAAAACACCGAAGAAAAAAUGACAAAAAUAUGGGAGUUGUAGAUUAUUAGCAUGAGCGUGGCGAGCGUGAAUAGCAGAGCGGAACAAAAUGUAUUGUAUUAUAUUAAAUGAGACAGAUAUUGUUUAAAUAAAAUUGAUAUACAUAAAGUU